CCUCGCUCCAGAUGGGCAGGUUUCGCUGCGGCUCUCAGUCUCGGUCUCUGUGUUUCUGCACGUAGCAAGAGGAUGUCCAGGAGGUCCAGCGUGGCAGGGGACCAGCAGCGGGUCAGAAGCCUGGGAAAAGGCAGGAAGUCGGAGCCCCUCGCCCAGCACCGCCCGGAGGAUGUGGCGUGCGACAUGUGCGUUGGAAUGAAGCGGCGGGCUGCCAAGUCCUGCCUGUCGUGUCUGGCCUCGUUCUGCGAGGCCCACCUCCAGCCGCACUAUGAAUCCCCGGUGCUCAUGAAGCACAAGCUGGUGGCGGCCGCCGGGCAGCUGCAGGAGAAGAUCUGCACCCACCAUGACAAGCUGCGGGAGGUCUUCUGCCGCACCGACCAGCAGUGCAUCUGCCUGCUGUGCAUGAUGGAGGAGCAUAAGACCCACGAGACCGUCUCAGCCGCGGCAGAGAGGACGGAGAAGCAGAAGCAGCUGGCAGCGACGUUGAUGAGGUCACAGAGCAAGAUCCAGGGGAGGGUGAAGAAGUGGCAGAACCUGCAACAAGCUGUGGAGGCACUCAGGCACUCCGCCCAGACGGCGAUGGAAGAGAAUGAGCGGAUUUUCUCAGAGUUGGUCCGCGCCAUUGAGAGGAGGCAUGCCGAGGUGCGGGAGCUGAUCCGGGCCCAGGAGAAGGCUGUGGUGACCCGGGCGGUGGGGGUCCUGGACCAGCUGGAGAGGGAGAUCGCUGAGCUGAGAAGGAGGCAUGCUGAGUUAGAGCAGCUUGCGCACACUGAUGACCACAUCCACUUCAUCCAGAGCUGGCAGUCUCUCUCUGCCCCAUCUGGGUACGAAGAUGUGUCCAACAUCACUGUCAACUCUUUGUCUUCCUUCGGCCCCACGAGGAAAGCCAUCUCUGAGCUGAAAGAGCGGCUGGCGGACACCUGCAAAGGGGAACUGCUCAAAAUCUCUGCUGCAGUGAAAGAGGUUGAUAUUCUACAGGCUCAGGAACCACAAACCAGAGAGGAUUUCUUACAAUACGCCUGCCAGCUGACGAUGGACCCCGCCACGGCACACAGCAACCUCCAUGUGACAGAGGAGGGCACGCGGGUGAGGAUGGUGAGCGACCCCAGGCCUUGCUCCGAGAGCCCAGACCGCUUUGAGAAUUGGCAGCAGGUCCUGUGCCGGGAAGGCCUCUCUGGUGCCCGCUGCUACUGGGAGGUGGAGCUGCGGGCAAGCGAGGCCGAUGUUGCCAUCUCCUACCGGGGCAUUAGCCGGAAGGGCGUCAGCAAUGAGUGCAGCUUUGGCUGGAACGACCGGUCCUGGAGCCUGUACUGCUCCGACUCCAAAUGCUCCUUCGUGCACAACAACAGCAGCACCGCUGUGCCUCUGCCUGGCUCUAGCCGGAUUGGUGUGUACCUGGACCAUGGGGCGGGUGUCCUGGCCUUCUACGCUGUGUCCGACACCAUGACCCUGCUGCACAGACUUCAGACCAUGUUCACUGAGCCAGUCUAUCCUGGCUUCGGGGUGUGGGGGUAUGGAUCGACCUUAAAACUGCUUUAGCCAUUUUUGGGAACAAAGUUUAGAGAGUUAAGAGUAGAUUUUCGAGGGAGUGAGGAAUCAGAUUACACAGAACCAAUCAAUCAGUCAAUUAAUUAAUCAAAUUGUUUUUGUUGUAGCACAUUUUUACAGUCAAGAUUGUCACGAAGUGCUGCACAUAUAGGAUAGUGGAUUUUCCAGAGGGAAUAAAAAAAAACUGAAAACCCAUGACAACCGGAGGGGGAGAA